GAAAAGUUGUCGCGCGCCGGGGAAGUGGAUUCGUGAUCACGUGAGAGGCGCUAACGGCACCCUAAACCUCGUUGAAAAUCCUCCUGUCUUCAACUCCUUCAGUUCUAACCAUCGCAACUCCACACCCACCCGGUGAUCCUCUGUCCACAGUGUCACUACCUUAUUCUUAUUACCAGCGGAUCCUGAUUCCGGUAUCUUUGUCGGCAGAAUUGGCACUCGAUCACGCUGUCUUAUCUGUGGCUGACUGGACUGACGGUUCGGCGGUGAUCGAGACCCCCUCCUCUUUCAUGCCAGUCUAGCCACUGAUGCCGGCCGUCGAACCCCCCGUUCUAUCUUCAGAGUCCGGAUUCGUCAAGAUGGAGGACCGGAAGAGGCCCGCCGCAGAGAACAAUGAGUCGGCCCCGCCUUUGAAGAAGCAGGCGACCACCGUCAACGGUGGAAGCAAGCCUCACCCAGAUGCGGAUAUGCCAUGGAAAGAUGACUUGGAGCGCUUCCAAAAAGACGCGAUCCUUCGCCAAAUGCAAGAAUACAAGCGAGAGAAAGCUGGGUUAGAAUCGCGCUUGGAUCGGAUGUCUAAAGCUGCUGCCCAUCAUGACAAUCACCUUCGUGCUAUCGAUGCUUGGUUUCGCCAGUUGGUGGAUGAGGUGAAAACCAUUCUUGGGCCCUCGCAGGACUUGAUCAAAGAACCUGCGUUCAAAAGCUCGCUUCAAUUCGAAGAUGUGGACGAAUUCGAGAGCCAUUUAAAGGCGAGGACGGAAGAUAUUCGCGAAAUCAUCUCUUAUUUCCGCUCGGGAGUGGCCGAUCUUUCGCCCGACGUCACUCAGCUUCAAGACCAAUUAGCGAAGAAGCUCGCAGAGGAGAAAGUCACGAUUGCUAAAUUGGAACAGACAGUUGCCGAAAAGCAACAACUCGAAGAAAGUUUGGAAGCCGCGUCACUUCGGUACAUGGUGGCGGAAAAGAAACUUGAUCGGGCACGUAGUGUGACUGUUGCCAAAUUGGAAAAGCAGUUUUUGAUGGGUGGACAACGCCCAAGCUCGGAGGGUGCGCAGGCCAAACGCGAAGAUUCGUCUCCGGCCAACGGAGGAACUCCCGUUGGGGAGCGAAGUGCUGAGUUGGAGGAGACUAACAAUAAGCUGAAUGCGGUGUUGGAGAAGCAAAAGGAACAGUUGCAGAAGUUGGAGGCUGAGAAUGCGAACCUGCUCGGACAAAUUACCGAGACCAAGAUCAAGGGCUCGAAACUUACAGACGAGGAUUAUGCUCAUACCGAUCUCUUCAAACAACUUCGAUCCCAAUAUGACGAUGUGGUGAAGCGCAUCAACCAUCUAGAGGCAACGAAUGUUCAAUUGCGCGAGGAAGCCGAGAAGUAUCGCUCAGAACGGAAUGCAUACAAAUUGCAGCUCGAGGAAGAAUCGAAGGCCACGAUCGCCGAAAAGGAAGCAGCCUUAAUGAGAGCCGAAAAUGACUUGGCGCGGAUACGGAACACUCGUGAUGAACUUUUUGCCGAUCAGCAAAUACGCAAGAAUGCCCAGGACCAGGAGAAAUCCGCUGGUGUCAAGUUGCAGGAGCUAGCGGAUGCCAGAGAAGCCCGCAUCGCCGCUUUGGAAUCCGAAAUCGAGAGGUUGCGGCUGCAGAUUGAGGGAUCCAAAACGGCUGAGAAUGUUGACGACAUACCGAUUGAAGAACUUCGUUCCAAGUACACCAGUCUGGAACGCCAAUAUUCCAUGCUCAACACCGAGUUGGCCUCCAUGCAAUCGGCAUACAAAAAGUUUUCGACCCUUGCCUCGCAGAAAGUGACUGACUUUGGUGCCUUGGAAGAGAAGGUGGCACGGCUGACGGCGGAGAAGUCCAAGGCUGAUCAAAAGUACUUCGCUGCCAUGAAAAGCAAGGAGGCGCGGGAUAUGGAGGUUCGCACACUUCGAAUGCAGAAUUCAAAGACUUCCGAUAUUGUGUCGCAGUUGAAGGAGUCGGAGGCUGCAACAAGGUCUUUGUUGUCUAACAUGGACAAGCAAGUCAGCGAGACGAAGGAGGCUUUGAAUUCCGCAUUGGAGAGACACCGGGUGACCCAGCAACAGUUGACCGAGAGCAACAUUGCGCUGGAGGGUCUGAAGAAUCAAGUCUCAGAGUUGAAGACCCUGUCAACUUCCAAGGACUCAACUUUGAGCAGCACGUCAUCUGCCUUGCGUCAAGCAGAGACUGAGAUCUCAGGCUUGAAGCAAUCACUCUCAGAUACGAAGAAGAGCCUGGACAACUGGAAGACCAAGAGCCUUGGCAACAACUCCUCCGAGUAUGAGAUGUUGCGGACUCUUGCACUGUGCACGGUUUGCCGCCGCAACUUCAAGAACACCGUCAUCAAAACGUGCGGUCACGUCUUCUGCAAGGACUGCGUCGAGGAACGUCUGACUUCGCGCUCCCGCAAAUGUCCCAACUGCAACCGUUCGUUUGGAAGCAACGACCACAUGCACAUUACCUUGUGAUCGUUUCACAUUUCCCCUCAAAAUUCUCUUCUUGUAUUAUACCAACCUUUUUUGUUCCCUACCACCCUUUCGUCUUUCUUUCGCUGCCCCCUCUUUUUUUCGAUCCUAUCCUCCUUUGGAUGGUCACUUUCCGACAAGUCCAUGGUGCGGUGUUUGAUGGCUGGUUUUAGCAGGAUAUGGUUGGAAAUGGCGUUCUGAUGAGUUCGUGCUCCGGUAUCCAACCCGAGAGUACUCGUGUUUUUGUUUAUGCGAUCGCAUUCUGGUCGACACACAUGGUGCAUUCCUUCUUUCUUUCUCUUUCUCUGCGGCGCUGGGGCGCUAAGUGAACGGGCUGUGCUCUCUUUGGAUACCCUAUUUCCCGAGAGGCGCAUUGGGUUACUGUUUCCUCCCUCGGCUUGUGAAUCUAGAUAUCUGUCUCAUGUAGGAAUACUACAUCUAGGUGGAGCACAAUGUGACAUGAUGAAUGCAAAUGUAAAGUCUCAUACAUUUAUGACUGAAAAUCAUCUCUCAAAGACGCCUUGCUCCUGACUGGUCGGUGAUCUCCAUAAUUGAUCCUCUUGAUAAUCUAAUCUUAUUGUACCAG